AUGGAGGAUAACUCAUUAACACUCAAACUAAUAUCCCUUUUAGUCAUAGUUUCUUUGGUAGCGGUCCUGGUGGCCGCUUACCAUUUCAUCACGGUUAGUUGUCACAAUCGUCGACGAAUUCCUGUACCACCACAAUACGGCCACCGACAAAAUCAUCAUCAGGAUAUUGACUGCAGUUUGGAGAAUUCUGUGGUGCUUCUUAUCCCAGCCCACAAGCAUCAAAAGGGAGCCCAAUUAGACGCAAAGGGAGGAGAAUGUGAUAACGAUGAGGCCAUGUGUUCGAUUUGUUUGAGUGAAUUUGAAGUGGAUGAAGACCUAAGAACUUUACCUGAAUGCUCACACUCCUUUCAUGUGCCUUGUAUUGAUAUGUGGCUUUAUUCUCAUUCGACUUGCCCUGUCUGUCGUUCAGAUGCCAUCCCUUCAUCACAAAUUUUGUUUCAGUUUUUGGAUUCGGAUUCAGAUAUGGAGGUUAGACAAGAAGCUUCUUCUAACAAUAUUUAG